GCCCCGGACCCCGCGCCCCGCGAACUCGGGCGGCGGCUGAGGCGACGGCUGCGGCGGCCCGAGCAGCAUGCCGAGGAGGAAGCAGCAGGCCCCCCGGCGCUCGGCAGCUUAUGUUCCCGAGGAAGAACUGAAGGCGGCGGAAAUAGAUGAAGAGAGCGUGCAGGAGGACGGGCUGUCCCUGGACAUCCCGGAAAGCGACUACGUGUGCAAUGAGGACCCCGAGAUCAAGGAAGCUCAGAGCUACCAGAACUCCCCCGUCAGCUCCGCGACAAACCAGGACGCCGGCUACGGGUCACCCUUCAGCGAGAACAGCGACCAGCUCGUCCACUUCAAAAGCUCUUCCUCCAGAGAGGAGAAGGAAGAGCCACAGGGCCCGGACAGUGUCUCCUACCCCCAGGACAGCUUGGCCCAGAUCAAGGCUGUGUAUGCGAACUUGUUCUCCGAGUCCUGCUGGUCCAGCCUGGCUCUGGAUUUGAAGAAGUCGGGCUCGACCUCCAGCAACAACGAUGCGGGCCAGAAGGAGGGCUCCACCCCUGCCCCCACACCCCCCGCCUGCACGGCGGGCGCCACGGGCACCACGGCCAGCACCCCCAGCUCGGGCUCGGGCUCGGGCUCCGGCAGCGGCGGCGGCAGCGGUGGCUCGGGGUACGACUGGCAUCAGGCCGCGCUGGCCAAGACGCUGCAGCAGACGUCCUCGUACGGGCUGCUCCCCGAGCCCAGCCUCUUCAGCACCGUGCAGCUGUACAGGCAGAACAACAAGCUGUACGGCUCGGUGUUCACGGGCGCCAGCAAGUUCCGCUGCAAGGACUGCAGCGCCGCGUACGACACGCUGGUGGAGCUGACCGUGCACAUGAACGAGACGGGGCACUACCGCGAUGACAACAGGGACAAGGACUCCGAGAAGACCAAGCGGUGGUCCAAGCCCAGGAAGCGCUCGCUGAUGGAGAUGGAAGGCAAGGAGGACGCCCAGAAGGUGCUCAAGUGCAUGUACUGCGGCCACUCCUUCGAGUCCCUGCAGGACCUGAGCGUCCACAUGAUCAAGACAAAGCAUUACCAGAAAGUGCCUCUGAAGGAGCCAGUGCCGGCCAUCACCAAGCUGGUCCCUUCCACCAAGAAGCGCGCCCUGCAGGACCUGGCGUCCCCGUGUUCGCCGGAACCCGCGGGGCUUGGUGCCGAUGCCGUGCUCAGCGAGGCGGCCAAGGACCAGAAGACUGCCAACCCCUACGUGACACCCAACAACCGCUACGGCUACCAGAACGGCGCCAGCUACACCUGGCAGUUCGAGGCCCGCAAGGCACAGAUCCUCAAGUGCAUGGAGUGCGGGAGCUCGCACGACACGCUGCAGCAGCUCACCGCCCACAUGAUGGUCACCGGCCACUUCCUCAAAGUCACCACCUCGGCCUCCAAGAAGGGCAAGCAGCUGGUGCUGGACCCGGUGGUGGAAGAGAAGAUCCAGUCCAUACCCCUGCCCCCCACCACGCACACCCGGCUGCCCGCCGCCCAUAUCAAGAAGCAGCCCGACUCCCCUGCGGGCACCACGCCCUCCGAGGACAAGAAGGAGCCCGAGAAGGACAAGGCGCCAGCGGUGGGCGAGGCAGACAAGAAGGUCAAGGAGGAGAGUGAGGACGCCCCCGAGAAGUUCGAGCCCACUGCCCUGUAUCAGUACCUCCGCGAGGAGGACCUGGACGACAGCCCCAAGGGCGGGGUGGACAUCCUCAAGUCCCUGGAGAACACGGUCUCCACGGCCAUCAGCAAAGCGCAGAAUGGUGCGCCCUCGUGGGGCGGCUACCCCAGCAUCCACGCGGCCUACCAGCUGCCCGGCGCCGUGAAGCCGCUGCCCACCGUGCAGAGUGUGCAGGUGCAACCGUCCUAUGCCGGCGGCGUGAAGUCGCUGGCCCCGGAGCACAGCGCGCUGCUGCACUCCCCGGGGAGCCUCACGCCGCCGCCGCACAAGAGCAACGUGUCCGCCAUGGAGGAGCUGGUGGAGAAGGUCACCGGCAAGGUCAGCGUGAAGAAGGAGGAGCGGCCCGCCGCCGACAGGGAGAAAGGCUCCCCGGCCAAGGCCGUGUCCCCUGUGGCCAAAGAGAAUAAAGACUUCCCCCGCGCAGAGGAUGGCGGCAGUGGCAAGGCCACGCAGAAGAAGGGCCCGGAGGCGGAGGCGGGGAAGGCCAAAAAGGAGGGCGUGCUGGACACGCACACCCCAAACGGCACCGAGCCUCUGAAGGCCAGAGUCACCAACGGCUGUAAUAACCUGGGGAUCAUCACGGACCACUCGGCGGAGCCCUCCUUCAUCAACCCGCUCAGCGCGCUGCAGUCCAUCAUGAACACGCACUUGGGCAAGGUGUCCAAGCCCGUGAGCCCAUCGCUGGACCCGCUGGCCAUGCUGUACAAGAUCAGCAACAGCAUGCUGGACAAGCCGGUCUACCCCGCCGCCCCCAUCAAGCAGGCGGACGCCAUCGACCGCUACUACUACGACAACAGCGACCAGCCCAUCGACCUGACCAAGGCCAAAAGCAAGCCCCUGGUCUCCAGCGUGGCCGACCCCGUGGCGUCCCCUCUCCGGGAGAGCGCCCUCAUGGACAUCUCCGACAUGGUGAAGAACCUCACGGGCCGGCUGACCCCCAAGUCCUCCACGCCCUCCACCGUGUCCGAGAAGUCGGACGCCGACGGCAGCAGCUUCGAGGAAGCGCUGGACGAGCUGUCGCCCGUGCACAAGAGGAAGGGACGCCAGUCCCACUGGAACCCGCAGCACCUGCUGCUCCUGCAGGCACAGUUCGCCUCGAGCCUGCGGGAGACGCCGGAGGGUAAGUACAUCAUGUCGGACCUGGGCCCGCAGGAGCGCGUGCACAUCUCCAAGUUUACCGGGCUGUCCAUGACCACCAUCAGCCACUGGCUGGCCAACGUGAAGUAUCAGCUGAGGAGGACAGGGGGUACCAAGUUCCUGAAGAACCUGGACACAGGGCAUCCUGUUUUCUUUUGCAACGAUUGUGCCUCUCAGUUCAGAACUGCUUCUACGUACAUAAAUCACCUAGAAACACACUUGGGCUUCAGCUUGAAGGAUCUCUCCAAGCUGCCACUAAAUCAGAUUCAAGAACAGCAGAAUGUUUCAAAAGUCCUGGCAAACAAAGCUCUGGGCCCGGUCGGGGCUGCCGAGGACGAUGGGGGCUCCACAUUCCAAUGCAAGCUUUGCAACCGGACUUUUGCAAGCAAGCACGCAGUCAAACUGCACCUUAGUAAGACCCACGGCAAGUCCCCGGAGGACCACCUGAUCUACGUGACGGAGCUGGAGAAACAGUAGCGUCCAGGAGCGCGAGGGGCCGCGGCACAUUGCACUACACGUCGUCUUUGGACUGCACUAGGCCUGGGCUGAGCCUCCGAAAUCAGCCUUCCCUUUGUUGCCGAGCUGGCUGUCUGGACCUUGGUUUUUUCUUACACAUAUUUUGUAGUUAUAUUUAUAUGCUCUUUGUCCGAUUGUGCAUGUUAUUUUUCUUUUUCCGUGAGUCAAAGUCUGACCUUUAUUUUCAACAUCUGUUCUUGAUGUUAAGCUAUCUUUUGUAGGAAAUAGUGGGCACACUACUCAGAGACAUGCAUUUAGCAGAGAAGAAAGACACAAAUAACAAUGAUAAAAAGACAUCCUAAAAUUACAAAGUUGCCAUGACAAUAAAGGUCAUAGAACCUGGUAGUGUCGAAUUUAACCCUUUGAGGACUGCAAUUGCAUUUCUGUGCCUUUCACUCAAAAAAAAAAAAAAAAAAAAGAAAGAAAGAAAGAAAAAAAGGCUUAAAGGCAUUUCAUUCAGAUCAAAAGCUGUGUCAGACACAAAACUUAUUUAAUAAUUAAAAAAAUGAGCUUUUAUAUGCAGAACUGGUUUGUGAAGGAAACAUGCAUGCAGCUGUUGGAAGAUAGAAAGUUGUCUAGGAGUCGUGGGGUUAGGAAGCCACAGCUUUACACAUUGAAAACGAAACGAAACAAAACAAAACAAAAAAACAAAAAAACCCACCACCACCACCACUACCACCACCACCACCACCACCAAACACCCCAGUUGCCACUAUGCCCAAACCCUCUGGAUGCUGAAAAAAAAAAUGCCACUUUCGGCAAAAAAAAGUAUGCAAGCUAUUAUUUAAAAAUGUGUAAAAAUGCUAUUUCUUUUUUUUCCUGUAAAAUACUGCGGUUUAUAGUUAUUUACAAAUGUAAGCUUUGGUAUAAGCUGACCUUUCUAUAGCGUGCUGCAUUGGUAAAUGAAAAAAACAUGGGGCAAACGUUGGAGUCCUUUCCUUGUAAAUUGCCAGCAUCAGCUUCAAAACCCCUCUAUGUUACAUAUCCUACCAUUUUAAUCUAUUCAACUUUCUUUGUACCUUCUGGCUGUAUGCUUUCUCUUUUAACUUUUUAUAUUGUCAUUUUAUAUUAAAUUUCUGUGUAUAUAAUGUAAAACCACAAUUUUUGAAUAAAAUUUAGUUCCUGCAGCUUGAUUUAAAUAGAGAAGUUUUACUGGUACCUGCAUCGUUCCGGAUGCAUGUAUAUCAGACAAAAAUAAAUAAGUGGAAACAAAGAAAGCAAUGCACUAUUAAUUACACAUUUUGAUGUUCUAUCAUUAAUAUUGUACAGUACAUUUUGGUUCACACAAUUAAAUCCACUGUUUUCUCAAAUGUAAAAUAAACCCACAAGCAGUUCUUGAUUUA